UCAGGAUGUGGUUGUGGGUGUGUAGGCGCUGAUGUAGAAGUUCAGGAUGUGGUUGUGGGUGUGUAGGCGCUGAUGUAGAAGUUCAGGAUGUGAAUACAUGAUGGGUAAUUGCCAUUGCUAAUGUAAAAAGGAUACAUACCCUAAGCACUAUGCCGUCUCACUCAGCUCCACGAUAUGUUGCAACUAAUUACGCAAAUUAGGUUUUUUAUUUUAAAGAUCAAUGAGAUCAUGAACCAAAGUUCUCUUAGAACUUUCAUACCGGGCCGAAAAUUCCGUGGGCCGAAAUGCAUGUAACCCUGAUGUAUGAUUAAAUUUUAAAAUUGAUAUAUCAUCAACAAAUGAUCGUUAUGAUUUCAUAUUUGAAGAUGUUGUGGAUUGUACAUUGAUAUAUAGUUAUUUUUCUUUAUUUAUUAUCUAUAAUUUUAUUUAAAGGGAAAUGGUUACGAAUCUGAUAUAGCUAUUAAUGAUGUUGCAUUAAGUCAAAGUGAGAAUACAUUCUGUGAUUGGCAAAUAGAAACAACUGAUAAAUCAUGGACAAUUGCAUUUGAUCCGACAGCAUAUGCAUAUGUAUCAGUUGAAUCAACUGGUGGUCCUGUUUAUUUUUCUACGUUUGAUUUUCGUUCAAUAUCAAAAGGUGACACAUUUUGUUUUGAUUUUUGA